AUGCAAGCGGUGAGGCCGUCGGCGAGGGAGGAGGCGGUGGAGCAACUGCAUGCGCAGGCCAUGGGGGAGUCGGAGGCGCAGGAGGUCAGGGAGGUGGUGAAGGCGGUGGAGGAGGAGGCGCCUGAGGAGAAGGAGGUGGCGGUGGUGGGAGAGCAGAAGGCCGCCCAUGCCGAGGUGGAAGCCGAUGAGAUGGAGGUGGAGGCGGAUAUUGAGGCUGAGGCUGGGGUGUCGGCCAAGAAGAACCGGAUCCAGGUGUCCACCAACAAGAAGCCGCUUUACUUCUACGUUAACCUCGCCAAGAGGUACAUGCAGAACUAUGAUGAGGUUGAACUCUCUGCUUUGGGGAUGGCCAUUGGCACUGUGGUGACUGUAUCGGAGAUCCUAAAGAACAAUGGUUUGGCCACAGAAAAGAAGAUCCUGACAUCAACAAUUGGCACCAAAGAUGAGUCGAAGGGGCGACUCGUCCGUAAAGCCAAGAUUGAGAUCCUGCUGUGUAAAUCAGAGAACUUCAAUAGCAUCAUGUCCAACAAAAAAUCACACAAGUCUGUUGACGAUGAGAUGAAGGUCUGA